AUGGAAUAUUUUUCCUCUUUCACUCAAUCAAUUAUAGAGCUGUUAGCUCUGCUACUUCUCUAUCAUUUAUGGAGAGCUAAGGCAAAUUACAGAAACAAGUGUGACAAGAAGAUGGCUGUCCCUCAACCAAAUGGGGCGUGGCCUCUCAUAGGCCAUUUCCCUCUACUCUCUGCCUCGGUUCCAGUUUGUAAAACACUUGGAGCCAUAGCUGAUAAAUGUGGCCCCAUCUACUCACUUAAGCUUGGUAAACACCAAACUUUGAUUGUGAGCAGUUGGGAAUUUGUGAAAGAAUGCUUCACUACAAAUGACAGAAUUUUGGCUACGCGGCCAAGUAUAUCGGUGGGGAGACAUAUUGGCUAUGACAACGCCAUUUUUGCACUUGCCCCUUAUGGACCAUACUGGCGGGAGAUUCGCAAAAUAGCCACCACCGAUCUUCUUUCGAGUCACCGACUUGAAAUGCUAAAGCACGUAAGGCACUUGGAGAUUGAGACAUUGAUUAAAGGUUUGAAAUUACUUUGUGCAAAGAACUCGUUCAAUCCUGUUGAGGUGAAUAUGAGUAACUUGAUUGAGCACUUCACUUUCAAUGUAAACCUGAAGCUGAUAGCUGGAAAGCGAUUUUCACCGAGAGAGUAUGGUGAACAAGGUAGCGAGGCCUGGCGUAUUGAGAGAGCCAUAAAAGAAGCAAUAUAUCUGUCUGGGGUUUUUGUUGCGGGUGAUGUCAUUCCAUGGCUUGAAUGGAUGGAUUUUCAAGGGCAUGUGGGUUCAAAGCGAGUUAUUUCUACUGUGUAG